GAACUGGAAGGCAGCAUCAGAAACAAGUGGGUCUUCUUGGUUUAAUUUUAUUUUUUAAUCUGCUAAACAUAUAAUCUGCGAUGGAUUCACAGCCUCCACCAAAACCAUGGGAAGGCCGGAUCCCCGGGGCUCUGAGUCCGUCUUUAAAUUACAGGUCUGCAGGUUUUGGACCAGCUGCAGGAAGCCCCUUGACCUCUGGGGGCCCUCCGGUCCUAACCAGGAUGGCUCCUCCAGUGCCUCCUCGUCCCAUCCUGCAGUCCUACCGUCCAUCCUACAGCUCCUUCACCUCCUCCUACAGCCCCUAUGGGAGCUCCUUCUAUGGUGGCUACAGCCCCUAUUCAUACGGCAGCAGCUACAACCUGGGGGGGUACAGACACUUACCCCGCACAGAAGAUGUGGCCCCCAGUCGGUUUGUGCAGCAGGCCGAGGAGAGCAGCCGCGGGGCCUUCCAGUCCAUUGAAAGUAUCGUCCAGGCCUUCACAUCGGUCAGCAUGAUGUUGGAUGCCACCUUUUCGGCAGUCUAUAACAGUUUUCGAGCUGUUCUGGACGUGGCCAACCAUCUGAGCCGGCUGCGUGCCGACCUCACCAGAGUUCUGUCAGCGUUUGCUUUGGUGCGCACACUGCGAUACCUGUACCGCUGGCUGCGGCGCUUACUGAGGAGGGCCGACGGUGAUGUUGAAGACUUGUGGGCCGACAGCGUGAGUGAUGUUCUUGCUGCAGGUUCCUCCAAGAAGCCAAGCGUGAAAUCCUGGCCCAUCUUCCUGUUUUUUGCUGUGGUUCUGGGUGGUCCCUACCUCAUCUGGAAGCUGCUCAGCUCCAGCUCAGGCCUCGAGGAAAACUCCUCGAACUGGGCCAGCGGGGAGGAGGAUCACGUCGUGGCCCGAGCUGAGUACGACUUCUCUGCUGCUUCUGACGAGGAGGUUUCUCUACGGGCAGGAGACGUUCUCAACCUAGCUCCUAAAGAGCAGCAGCCCCGGGUGCGAGGCUGGCUGCUGGCCAGCGUAGACGGUCGGACAACUGGACUCGUCCCCGCCAACUACGUGAAAGUCCUCGGCAAGAGAAGAGGCCACAAGACCACAGAGGUCCACGGGCUUGUCCAGAACCCAUCGUCCUUUGAAACAGGAGCCCAAGAUCAGAUCCAAGACCUCUAUCCAGCCUCCAACACCGCUUCCGCAGAGCAGCUGCUGGAGUCUGUGUUUGCAGGACCCCCAGAAACCCCUGGACCCCAAAGAAGCCCAAUUUCCUUUGAGGCCAGAACCUCAGACCUCAACAGAUGCUGAACCUUCCUGAGAAGACUGACCUGUGGUGACUGUGCCCGUCGGUGUAGCCAUACAGCAAGAACCACUCCGGACUGGUUCUGUUUUUGCUGGUUCCUGAUUAAGAUCUUGACUUCAGCUGAAACUGGUUUCUGACAGCUUCAGUUUUUAUCCUUCCUUCUGUCACAGUUUGGUUCUGGUCCAGUGAUGGUC